GCCCUGUCAGCUACCAGCCGCCAUCACGGCUUCUUGCACUUGGUGACGAUGUAGAAAUUGUAUCAGUUCUGAGGGAGGAGGCCUCGGCCGUGGAGAGUGCUCCACUCCUGCUGAAUCUGCUCCUGUGUGGCUGCUUUCCUUCCAGGCCCCUGUGGGGCUCAGCACUGGCUCCUGGCUGGGCUCAGGGCUCUUUGGUGCCUCCAGGGAGCAAAGGGGCCAGGACUAGGGCCUGUGUAUCACCUGCUGUAGCGUAAAAACCACGACCACAAAAUGGAGAAGGUCGGCGCCGGCCAAGAGGAAGAGAGCAACAACCAGCAGGCCGUGGCCGCGCAGAGCCCAGGAGACUUGCACCACCUGAGCAUCCAGCGCUGCAUCGAGUCCCUGGUGCACGCCUGCCAGUGCCACAACGCCAGCUGCUCGCUGCCGUCCUGCCAGAAGAUGAAGCGGGUCAUGCGACACACCCAGGAUUGCAGGCAGAAGAACAACGGCGGGUGCCCCAUCUGCAAGCAGCUCAUCGCCCUCUGCUGCUACCAUGCCAAGCAGUGCCAGGAGAACAAGUGCCCCAUGCCCUUCUGCUUAAACAUCAAGCAAAAGCUCCGGCGGCAGCAGCUGCUGGAGCGGCUCCAGCGGGCACAGCUGCUCCGGCGCAGGAUGGCCAGCAUGCAGUGGGCCGGAGCAGCGUCCCAGCAGCAGGGCCUGCCCUCCCCGACUGCUGCCGCCCCACAGGCACCCCAGCCCCCCUCGCAGCCUCAGCCCACCCCUCCCAACAGCCAGGUGAUCCCCCCAACUGGCCCUGAGACUGCGCAGCCACCCCUUCCCGGGCCCCCAGCAGCAGGGGUGGAAGUGGCCGUGCAGCCCGGUGGGCAUUUGGAGGCCAGGAUGGGGCCCACGGGCAUGCAGCAGCAGCCGCCAUGGGCCCAAGGAGGAUCACCUCAGGCCCCACCUGUCCAGUCUGGGAUGCCAGGGCCGGCCAUGAUGGCCCAGCAUGGCCAGCCUUUGAACAUGGCUCCCCAGCCGGGACUGGGCCAGGCGGGCGUGAGCCCUCUCAGGCCGGUCACUGUGUCUCAGCAGGCCCUGAGGGAGCUCCUGCGGGUCCUGAGGUCUCCCAGCUCUCCCCUGCAGCAGCAGCAGGUGCUCAGUAUGCUUCACGCCAACCCCAUGCUGUUGUGUGCGUUCAUCAAGAACCGGUCUGCCACGUGUGCCCGCGCUAACGCACAGCCCGUCCCUGGGCAGCCGGGCAUGCCCCAGGGCCAGCCUGGGCAGCAGCCUCUUGCCAGGCCAGGUCAGCAGGAUGUCCGCAACAAUCCCGCCGCGCAGAACGUGAACCCCAUUCAGGCAGGCGCCCCCCAGCAGGCCUGGCGCCGCAGAGGCGGCAGCAGCAGCUGCAGCCGCCGCUGGGCGGGCUAAGCCCCCAGGCGCAGCAGAUGAACAUGAACCACGGCGCCAUGCCUUCGCGGUUCCGAGACGUCCAUUGACUCCAGCGGAUACUCCGGGGGGGUGGGGGGGUGGGGGAGCACUGGGAUGGCCAACUGAAACCCCUUCCAGCAGACCCCUCCCUCCCAGCCCUUCCCUGAGGAUGCAUCCUGAACCUUCUCACCACGUGUCCCCACAGACCAGUUCACCACAUCCCGGACUGGUCGCUGCCCAGGCCAACCCCAUGGAACAAGGGCAUUUUGCCAGCCCGGACCAGAAUUCGAUGCUUUCCCAGCUUGCUAACAAUCCAUGCAUGGCAAACCUCCAUGGUGCGAGUGCUACGGACCUGGGACUCGGCACCGAGAACUCAGACUUGAAUCCAAGCUUCUCACAGAGUACGCUAGACAUACACUAGAGACACGUCAUAGUAUUUGGGGACCAAACAGUUAUUUCUCUUUAACAAGACUGUGUACUGAAAACAAUUUUUGAAUCUUUCUUAUCCUAAGUGACUGUUUCCUUGCAGCAUGUAAGAACUGCAGUAGUUGGGGGCCGGAGCGAUAGCACAGUGGGUAGGGCGUUUGCCUUGCACGCGGCCGACCUGGGUUCUAUCCCCGGCAUCCCAUAUGGUCCCCCAAGCACCGCCAGGAGUAAUUCCUGAGUGCAAAGCCGGAAUAACCCCUGAGCAUCGCUGGGUGUGACCCAAAAAAGCAAAAAAAAAAAAAGAACUGCAGUAGCCUGUUUGUGGUUAAAGCAAACAUGCAAGAUGACCCUGAGGCAUGACGGAAUACAAAGAAUUUAUCUUUGUAUGACUGGUUCCUUUUUUUUCUUUGUGUGUGAUUCAAGUGUGCACUGGGAGAGGCUGAGGUCUGUGGCACCACCUUGCUCCUGUCUUGCACCUCUAAUAUUUUUUUAAUUAAUGAAUAUAUGUCAUAUUAAUAGUUACAUAUCUACUGGUGUGGAUGGUUGACAUUUUUCCCUAUUUCUUCACUUUACGUAAGAAUUAAAAAGAGUUUAUAAAACCAGAAGACAAAGGGGUUAAUGUUACUUAAAAUUACAUUUUAUAUAGGGGCUGGACCGAUAGCACAGUGGGUAUGGCGUUUGCCUUGCACACGGCCGACCUGGGUUCGAUUUCCAGCAUCCCAUAUGAUCUGAGCACUGCCAGGUAAGUAAUUCUUGAGUGCAAAGCCAGGAGUAACCCCUAUGCAUUGCCAGGUGUGACCCAAAAAAGAAAAAAAAAAUUCUCUUUCUCUCUCUCUCUCUCUCUAUACAUAUAUGUAUAUAUACAUAUAUACACACAUACAUAUAUAUGUUAAAAUUUUUUUUCUGGGUGCAAAGAUGUUCAUUUUACAGUUAAAAGAGGGCAAAAAACAGUUCCCUUCCCUUCACAUCAGCUUUUGUGCUCCAGAAAAUUUUCUGUAAGUGUUGAGCAUAAAACUUGUAUAUGUAGAGAGAAUUAUGACUUUUUUUAAAUAUACGGAGGCAGCUGCUAAAUAUAUGUAUUAUAUAUUGUGGCUUUCUGUUUCUUGAAAGAAUUUUUCCGUUAUUUUUAAUUCUAAAAGGAAAAUAUAAGUAGAGGGUAAGAAAUAGUUCAGUGAAACAAUUUUAACGUUCAAAAUGUCCUUGGGGUUUCUUCUUUGCAUGCUUGCAUCUUUCUUACUCUGCCUCCACCCUACAAACACACACAAUCUGUAAAAUGUGAAAAUAGAAAGCAAAAACCGUCAACUAUUGUAAAUCAUGCAAUUAAAGUUGAUUACGUGUAAAUAUGAACAUGAUCAUUGUAGAGAAUGCUAAAUUUGAUUUACCUAUGCUUCAAUAAAAUUUAAUAAACUGUGAGACAGC